UCUCCUGCUUUCCCUUUUUCAUUUCUUUUAAACUUGAGGAACACCAACAAAAACAUCAAUGGCUGCCACCCAGAAAACUCUCUUCAUUCUAGCCUACGCAAUACUCGAAUGGACCCUAAUCCUAAUGCUUCUUCUCAACUCUUUAUUCUCAUUUCUCAUCAGAAAAUUUGCUACUUACUACGCCCUUAAACCACCUUGCUUUUGGUGUUCCACCAUCGAUCAUCUGUUAGAACCAAACCACGACAUAAACCCAUUUCAUAAUCUCAUUUGUGAAGCACAUGCAACUGAGUUUAUGAACGUAUGCAGGAAUGGAAAGUGCUUGUAUACUAGCAUGAACUUCAAGGUGGAUUCUGUUGAUAAAUCAUCCCACAGUGCGUCAAAGAUCAAAUCAUCUCAUGAAGAAAACGAAAUGGCACAAGUCAUGGAUCUUUGUAUGUUGAAUACGAGUCGACACAUUCAAGUUUUUGACCAGAUUAUCCCUAUUGAGUGGACGGAUUCAUCAACCAGUUGUAGUAGAGGUUCAAGUUUAAAUGGAGACGAAAACAUGGUGAUCAAUGAUGAAGAUCGAGUCAAAAAAGAAGGCGGAUUCUGUGAAGAUAAAGAAGAUGAAGAAGAUAAAGCUGUCACAAUUGAUGGUUUAAUGAAAGAAUUAAAAUCCGAAAGACUUGUUGUAUGUGGUUUAUACAUAGAACUAGAUGAAGAACGUAAUGCGUCUGCAAUAGCAGCAAACCAAGCAAUGGCGAUGAUAACCAGACUUCAAGAAGAUAAGGUUGCACUGCAGAUUGAAUCCAUGCAAAAUCAAAGGAUGAUGGAUGAACAAGCGGAAUACGAUAAGGAGGUUUUGCAGCUGUUAAACGAACUUGUUAUGAAACUAGAGAAGGACAAGUUUGAGCUUGAAAACGAGCUUGAAAUGUACAAAGAGAGAUUCAUGGAUUAUGAUGGAAAGAAGAAGGCAAAAGUGAAGAGAAGAUCCAUUACCAAGAAGUGUUUAGAUGAGACUAAUGUUGUGGAUUUAAAGAAUUCGAAGACACUUGAGGAAUCUGUUGUAGGGUUCGAUGUUGAGAGGCUAUGGAUUCUAGAUAAGCUUGGGGAGCUUGAUGAGACACUAAUGAUGUUGACUGAUGAUCGAGAUGAGGAUCUUCAUGGGAAAGCAAGUUUAGAAAGAGAACGUCUCUGUUAUAAGGGAAACGUAUUUCUUGGUGUUUUUGGUAUAGAGAGUAUUGAUGAAGGUGAUGAAGCAUCUCAUUCCGUUUGGCCCAUUCAAGAAAAUAUUAAGAAAAAAGGAGACACUAAGGAAGCUGAAGUAUGAAUCUUAAGCAAGAAUCAAGAAACGAUUGAUUCAAGUUCAAAUCUUGUGUAUAUUAAUUUGGGAAGUGAAUUGUUUUGCCUUUUUCUAAUUGUCUAAAGAUAACAACAUCCAUAACCGUGAGUUUAAUAGAAGAGUUGAAUGAGGUGACAAAUAUGUGUGUCAUUCAAUGGAUAGAACUUUACCAUUGUGAGAUGUCACCUUGACAUUCAACGGAUUUGAAGUUCAAUGACCAUUGAACUCUUCAAUGGGAAAAAAGAAAGUUUUUAAUUCUUAAAUAUUUACUAUAAAUUACAUUUUGUAUAAUUCUAUUGAACUUUGUGGAAUUUAAUGCAUUGUAGGAAAAAAAAUGAUACAAUUGUAUGUACUGUAGAAAAAUGAUGUAAAUCCAUUAAACUCUAUAAAGUUCAAUGAAUUGUGAA